UGCCAUGGAGGGAGAAGGGCGCUACCUGGCCACGCCCCUCGCACCUGUCCGCCCCGCCACACCUCUGCCAGGCCCUCCGAACUCACCUGUCGCUACCUACGCUAUGGAGAAGCCGUCAGGUAACUACAUCCCCAACCUGCCGUACCUGAGGCCUCACCUGGACGAGGCCCCCAACACCCUCUUGCGGAACAACCACUCGCACCAGGACAACCACCGCCUCCCCCUACAACCCAUUCAUCACCACAGCAACCACCACAACCACCACCACAGCCACCACGAGACGCACCACCACCACUGGGAGAUCGAGGGAGCCAAGGUGUAUGAGGAGGAAGAAGAGGACGAGGAGGACGAGGGAGAAGAGGACGAGGAAAGAAUAGAAACCGUAAAGAAUGUAAAUGGAGAAGGGAUCUUUGGACGGUUUUCAAUAUCGUCGCCGCAUCACCAUCACAAACACCACCGCCAGAAGCAGCCGCCGCAGCCCACCAUGAAGCGGAGAUCAGCCACUUCCCCGGCGAGAGACGAGGCGGGAGGAUAUGCAUUCAGGGUGGACGAGAAGAGCGGGGUGCGGCGGGUAAUAGCGGUGAGGGAGGCGGCGGGGUGGGGCGGCGAGGGCGGCGACCCAAGAAGUAGGAACAGCCUUCUCGACCGCCCACAAGACGACGCCACAGUUGGGCCUCCUCCGGGACCAAGCUUUGACCGCAACCUGCCGCGAAACAUCACCAUCCAGGCGGGCAAGACGGCGGUUCUCUCCUGCCGGGUGUUCAACGUCAACGAUAAGUCGGUGUCGUGGAUCAGACAGGACAACCUACACAUCCUGACCGUGGACAAGUACAAGUACAGCACCGACCAGCGCGUGUCCGUACUCUUCAACGAGCCCAACCUGGAGUGGGUGUUGCGGAUCAAGAGCGUUACACCUGCGGACGCCGGCACCUACGAGUGCCAGGUGUCCACUAAGCCGAUCCUGAGCUUCGUGGUGAACAUGCGAGUUGUAGAUAAAUUACCCACGCCCGCCGCCACCCACGCCACGCCCACACCCACGCCCCGCCCUGAGGUGACCGAGGAAGAGGACACCAUCACCGGGACAGCACGCAACGCUUCCACAGUGCCCCAAGCGUGGAUUCUCAACGCACCUGAGAUCUACGUGCACCGCGGCUCACCCAUCAACCUCACCUGUGUUGUGACCCACGGCACGGAGCGGCCUGUCUUCAUCUACUGGUAUCACCACGACAAGGUGAUAGACUACGAGGGCCGGGGGGGCGUGAGGGUGCACACGCAAACAGGGCGAGACACCGUGAGCCACCUGCUCGUGAAGGAGGCGGGCCCAGGUGACACCGGCCGAUACACCUGCAGUCCAUCCAACGGGGAGCCGGCCACGGUGAUGCUGCACGUGCUGAAUGGAGAGCACCAAGCCGCCAUGCAGACUAACAGGGGCACAACGCUGCUGGUGGGACCUGGCGGCGAUCUGGGGGUCUUACUGCUGUCACUGUCGCUUCUACAUGGGCUUCAGCGUCUCCAAAUCAAGCGUUUGUAACACAUCAACGCCCAUCACGACUACAGGAGCAAGUAGAGCCCGUCUGUCUCACCCAGUCACUUGGAGGACACCGUUACGUGUAUGUGAUGUUUGUUAUGGGGGUACAUACGGUAAAACGGUGUGCUUCGUUCUCAGACACUAACACACAAGCCGCAGAGCGUCCCUGAGUCCAAAGAGAAGGAUGGAAAGCCUCUAUGCCACGCCCACAGCUAACUGAGUAAGCCACGGCCGCGCUAAGCCAGGUAAACGGCACUCGUGUGAUUCCGGACCAGGCUGGCGGGUGGGUAAGGCAUCACGCAGUCCUCGAAAAGCCUCUUUCCCGCUCUGAGACCCUGAGAGCCGCCGCCAGCCGCCCCUCGUGAGGUGGUGAUGGAACAGCUGUAGGAGGAGCAGAAGGAUGAGAGGAGGAGCAAAAGGAGAAGGGAGAGGAUGAGGAGCAUGAGGUGGAGGGGGAGGGGGAGGAGGAGAACGAAGUUGAGAUUUCCAUCAUCCUACAAGCAGUUAGCUAAAAGGUUCUCCAGAUGUUGUGAAUAGUCUGUUUUCAGUGUGUGUGUGUAUGUGUGUGUGUGUGUGUGUGUGUGUGUGUGUGUGUGUGUGUGUGUGUGUGUGUGUGUGUGUGUUUAAGAGGAGAGGAGAGGGAAGAAAAGGAAAAAAAUUAGAAGCAUUCUCCUCAGAACAUUCUAAGAAACUUGAC